UGCUUUGUGAAAAGAAAACUUCCGGAGAACUAAAUGUUGAUGUCGUCUGCAACGUCGCGGUGAUGCCGAAGAACAUCUUUAUAUUCUACUUUUUGAAUUCUAAACUAAGGCUAACCUACACUAGGCCUACAUCAUACAAGUGCCAUGCAUUGCCAUAAGUCGUCCAGGUGCCACCUGUCACUGAGACUUGUGUAAUCAUCAGUCGCCAUGGCAACAGAGUCAUCUUCGAUCACCCUGACCGUUCGUCUCAUCCGAUCCUUUGAGCACAGAAACAUCAAGCAUGUGGUGUACAAGGACAUCACGCCGGACAUGACUGUCAAGAAAUUCGCAGAAUUUGUUAAAACAGACAUCAAGACGAAAGCUGGACUUCCUCCCCCGUUUAAAACGUACAACUAUGACACGUUCAAGAUCCAGCACAAAGCGUUUGGAGCCAAGACAAGUGAUCCAGCUAUUAACACCGAGAACGACGAUCAGUUGAUACUCCGUGAAGACACGACUCUCUCAGAAUCCAAAGUUGAGUCUGAAACAGAGUUGUCGUUUUUCAAACGGGAAGACUAUGAGAAAUACAAGAGCAAUCCUGUUAUCAUGUGGUAGGCAAUCACCAUCCCCAUCCUCAUCACACUAUCACCACCAUCGUCACUUUCAUCAUCACCAUCAUGACUUUUGAGAUGCAACACAUGACUUUCUAUUAGAAACGUUCAGCAGUUUUAUUUUGUUUUAUAGAGAAAUACAACUUGUAACAUAAUGUUUAACACUGGUGUCGUAUAUUUAAAGUAUUCCACUUGU